AUGGCAAUUGCUCGUUCCGUAGCUAUUAUUGGUGGAGGAAUUGGUGGUUUGACUUUAGCUAAUUGUUUACUUCGUACGGGAAUGUCUGUCUCAUUAUAUGAACGUUCUCCAUGUUUUAUUCCAACUGUUGGAGCUGGAUUUAGUUUUCAACCAAAUGGACAAAUGUGUCUCGCAUAUAUGGGUUUUAAAGAUCAAACUGAAAAACUUGUUCAUCCUGUUUAUAAAUGGCAUUUAAUUAAUGAUAAGGGAAAAGUUGUAAAUACAACAAAUAAUUUGAGUGAAUAUGGAAAACGAUUUGAUUUCUAUGAGGGUGGUGCUAUUCGUGCUGAACUUAUUGAUAUAUUAAAAGAACCUCUCGAAAAAAAUCAUAUUUUACAUUAUUCACAUAAAGUCAUUGAUAUUAAACAAGAUAUUGAUGGAGUUGAAAUUUCAUUUGAAAAUGCAUUAGAACAAAAACCAGUUCGAGUUGAUAUGCUUAUUGGUGCCGAUGGAAUUCAUUCAAAAGUUGUGAAACAAAUAUUUUCUCAAACAGCCCCACCAAUAUAUUCAAAAGAAAACGUAUUCUAUGGUAUUAUAGAUAAUAUUGAUCAACAGACAUCUCUACAUCCAUCAAUAAUACAAAAAAAUACAUUAACGCAAUGUCUUGAUUAUGGAGAAUUUAUUUCUUUUCGUGUUGGUACUCGAGGACAAUUGAUGUGGGCUGCUACAUAUCCUUCGGAUGUACCUCCACCAAGCAAUAAUGAUAGUGAAUGGAUCGAAAUGAAUAAUCAACGUGAAUUAAACCGAUUUUUAACAUUAUUUCCUCAAACACAUCCUGUUCAUCAAUGUGCAGCAAUAACAGACAAACGACGAUUACUUCAUUUUGGUUUAUUUUAUCGUCAACAUCGUAAUGAUAAUUGGCAUCGUAAUCGAGUUUGUUUAUUAGGAGAUUCAUGUCAUGCAACAUUGCCAUAUGUUGGACAAGGUGCUAGUAUGGCUAUUGAAGAUGCUAUAGUACUUACAUUAUGCUUAGAAAAACAUAAUUUUCAAAUGGAAUCAGCAUUUCAAGAUUAUUAUAAAAUACGUUUUAAACGAACAAAACGUGUUGUUGAUAUGUCACGAUAUCUGGGUUUAUUUUUUCAUUCACAAAAUCCAAUUGUACGUGCAAUAAGACAACGUUUAGCACCGAAAUUAAUGAAUUCUGAUAUGAUGAUAAAAAUAGCGGAAAGAGCAAUGUAUGACAAUUGUCCUAUUCCUUUAGAAUAUAAAAGACAAUUUGCUAAAUAA